AUGUCUUGCUACGACCUGUGUCCCAGCUACAACAGUGGCCUCAGCCGUCCCCAGCCCAUCGCUGACAGCGGGAACGAGCCCUGUUUCCGGCAGUGCCCUGACUCCGUGGCCGUGAUCCAGCCACCCCCAGUUGCUGUCACCUUCCCUGGCCCCAUCCUCAGCUCCUUCCCCCAGGAUUCAGUUGUGGGAUCCUCCGGAGCACCCGUCUUUGGGGGUUAUGGGGGCUCCCUAGGCUUUGGGGGCUCUUCCCUGGGCUAUGGGGGUCUGUAUGGCUCUGGGGGCUCUUCCCUGGGCUAUGGGGGUCUGUAUGGCUUUGGGGGCUCCUCUCUGGGCUAUGGGGGCUUGUCUGGCUAUGGAGGCUCCUCCCUGGGUUACAGGGGCCUGUCUGGCUAUGGUAGAUCCUUCGGUUCUGGCUAUUGCAGCCCUUACACCUACCGGUACAACAGAUACCGCCGUGGAAGCUGCGGGCCCUGCUAA